CAGAGCAAGAAAAAAAAAAAAAAGGUAUGAGCGAAGAAAAUUUGGAAGAAUGGGACGCGAGUUUCCUGGAGGAACUUAUACAAGUUGAAGAACUCGCUCUUUCUUGUUCUUCUGUUAACCAAAACAACCCUCCUUCUUCCUCCUAUUUACCGCCUUUGCUACCGCCACCACCACCACCACCACCACCAUCGUCACAUCAUCAACACCUACAUUUUGCGCCGCCAUCUCGCACUGAUUCCCUCAGUUACUCGCCUCCCAGAGAACUCUCCCAGAGAACCGCCGAUUUCGGUGGCGCCUUGAAUUCCAAUGGCGUUUUUCCUAAAUGCGCUACUCCUUCGACUCCUGUGCGGCUAGUUCGCGGUUCUGGUAACGCUAAGGAUCUCGAGAUUGAGCGCUUAAAGAAGGAGCUGGGACGCGUUUCAAAGCAGCUAGCGGACCUCGAACAAGAGUGUUCACAGCUUAAGAAGGAAAGAAACAAGGAGGAUCAGCUUGCAUUUGUCGAUUCAAAGAAUGAGGUGAACGUUGCUAAUUUUCAUGGGUCGAGGAUUGCAAACUUAGAACGUGGAAUCCCCGUUGCAGCUUAUCAUGAGGUUAUACAAGAAUUUCCAAAUGCAAAAGCUUUUGAUGAUCAGGUUGGCCUGAAUACAGCCAAGUCAAGCUGUAAGGAAAUUGGAGUUCAGACAGAUCUAAGUGCUUGUCUUGAUCUUUCUAAUAAGUUGCAUGGCAUUUGGGAUUUGCCAAGUGACCAAAAGUUGGGAAGAAAUCUGAUAGCCAAGUUGUUUGCAGUUUGUUCCACAGAUAUUGAUGUCCUGUUUGGGUUCAUUAAUAUGAGCUCACCUUCCAAAACAAUGGAACCACUGGUAUUUAAGAGCUCUUUCGAUAAGGCUUUGCAGAGCUCUGUGCAUCCUGUUCUUAGUUCUGAAGCUGCAAAAGUAUCUUGUUUCUACUCUUCUCUGACUAAGAUCAGUAGUGGAAUGUUGCAAUUGGAGGCUCUAUUUGAGUCGUUGAUUGAUCUCUGUAGUGUUGAAAAUGCGGUUAUUGCUUAUAGAUCUCUCCAUAUACUACAUGUCUUGUUGAAGCAUCUUUUGACUUUUGAAAGGAAUUCCGAAGCAAGGGAAAAUUUCUUGGUUGAGCGUCAUCACUCUGGGAGCGGCAUUGAUGAUAUAUCUGGAUAUGAAAUCCGAGGACAGGUUUGCGUUAGCAUGGAUGGUAAUCAUGCAAGUUGCAUUCAAAUUGGAGUAAAACCUUCUGAAGCAGAAACUCUGUGCAAGAAAGGACAUUGCGGUACAGGCUCUACAUUGCUGUUUUCCUGUAUAAACUGGAUUCAUCUCUUUGAAUUGAUGCAUCUAAUUGCGGUGAAGAGUAGUGAAGAAUGUGUAAGAUUGGAAGCAGUCUCAAUUAUGAAUGUGAUUCUGAUGAGAAGUGAUGCUUACACAGAGAGAGAAAAGUUUGGCCUCAUUCAAGUGUUUGUAAGCAUUUCACAACUGCUGAAAAAGGAAGCUGGAUUGCUUGUUCGAAAGGGGGCUGUGCACACUCUCUACCUGCUUUUAAAUUGUCCUAAAUUGGUGGUCACAUUCUGCUCUGGUUGUACAAUGGCAGAAAGUGCUGAUGCUGCUAAUGAUGAGGAAAACACUGCUGCUUUCCAAGGAUUCACUAUGAUUCUUGAGGGGUUGGCUGGCUGUAUAGCUUGCUGUGGAACUAGUUUACAAGCCUUGGAACUUCGCAAAAAUGCUAUCACCUUACUGGCUUUUGUGGCCUCAUCUGGAAAAUCCGGCUUUGAAAUACUAGUGAAUCACAAGCUAGCUAGAGAAGCAAAUUUUCUUACACUGAUUUUGCAGCUAUUGGUGUCUGAAAUAGACUUAGAAUCAGCCGUCUGUACUGAGUCUGAUGAAACCUUUAGAGCAAGGACGUUAUUGAUACGGGAGGUGCUGAUAUUACUCAAUAGAGUUGUUUCCAACCCAGCACACUCUGCCACUGUCUUGAGAUUGUUAACCAACAGCAGGGAUAUGGUCAGUUUAACCCUUGAUGUUGCAAACAGGUUGUCCAGAAAAGAACAGAAACUAAGGCAGUCUGACAGCAUAACUAAGCAGAUAAGAGAAUCUGAAAUUGUUGAAUUGGGUCGAAUAUUCAAGAGAAGGGUUUCUACUUUUCUAGGAGAGUAACUGGCUGGUGCAAUGAAAAAUAUAAUCUAUAAAUUGUCUAAUAUAUAACUGCUUUCCAAUUAUGGCCUUUUCUCAGAGAGAGAGAAACGGUUUUGGCGGUGGAUGGAAACUGAAACGUGAGGUCUCUAGAUUGGGCGUCAUCCAGAAAAUUUUGGCAAUAUUUUUUAUGUAAUUAACGCUGGAACAAUUUUUAAGCACAAUUAGCUGACUCUUUGCUUCACACAAGUUGCAUAAACCAGCCCCAUUAUUGUCAUCAAUUUUCCAUCUUGGGACUGGUUUCAGACUUUCAGUGCAUCAUACCGUGCAAGAGCAAUAAAUAUAAUUUUACUGAUACAAUUGGCAAAGUCAAAGCGGUAAAAACAAUUUAUGCCCAACAAAUUUAGAUAAAAAAAAAAAGAAAGAAAGAAA